AUGUUGCAGCAGAAGGGAGCGCAGGUUAGCUGGAGAACAAUGCACAAGGCGGUGCUGGGUGCUGCGGCUGUGGGCGCGGAUCUAGCGAUCGCGUAUGAUGGCUCGACUUCGUCUGGACUUCGACACAGCAUCGAGGUGUUGAGGUGUAUUGUCGAAGAUUGCAAGGCUGACGUCAAUGCCCUUGACGAUAACGAUGAGAGUUUGAUGGACAGCUUUCGACAUUGGGGAUCGCCGCUCUGCUUCGGUACGAGCCAGCAUCAGGGAGCGAGCGUGGUCCAAUGGUGGUUGGAAAAGAUGCAAGACGCAACUCUUGAUUAUAAUUUCGGCCUCUUUCUCCACAAGAAGCAACUUCGCAAAGGCGAAAUUGUUGCACAACACUGCACGCUUUGCGACAGGUGUAUGACACAUGCACACACACUACCUCUGCCGCUCCUCACCACGAAGCCAUCCCAGCGACCAGAAAGUAUUUCCUGCGAACGGUACAUUAUGUCCACCCUCAUUUCGAGAAGAUACACAAUUACGACUUUGGCUUAG